AUGUCUUUGAAUAAUUGGAAGCUUUUAGAACAAAGACCAGUAGUUAAAACCAAAUGGGUGAGCGUUUAUGAGGAAAAAUUGGAUACUGGCAAUGGAAUAAUUGAUCCAUUCUUUGCCAUCCAUUAUCAGAAUUGGUGUCUGGUCAUUGCCAUCACACCCUCUAAAAAAGUUUUAAUUAAUCAACAAUAUAGAAGAGGAUGUGAUAGAGUAAUAAAGGAAUUUCCAACAGGAGCCCGAGAGGAAGGAGAAGAUCCUAAACCAACAGCACUCAGAGAAUUAUUGGAAGAGACUGGAUAUGAAUUAUUGAACAAUGAUGAAAAUGCUGAUGUCUUUGAAUUAUAUUCAACACUUCACGAAGAUGCCAAUAGAAAUCCAUGUAUUUGUAAUGCUUACUUGAUGAUGGUGAAGGAAGAACCAACUCACAAACAAUCAUUGGAUCAACAUGAACAAAUUCUCGUAUCCAAAGAAAGCCUUGAACAAGUAAGAAAGUGGUGUUUUGAUGGAACCAUGCAGAGUGGACUUCAUAUUGCCAUGUUUUUCAGAGGAGUCAAAUUACUUCACAAAUUGGGUCACAUUGAUGGAGCUGCCUUAUUAUUCAAUGAUGAUGACCAAGAAUAAUUGUAGAUAAAUGUAAAUGCCUUAAAGUAGUACCAAGCUGAUCAUUAUAUAUAAUAGUAUUAAUAAUAAUAAUAGAGAAAUUGAACUCGUGAGGUGCCUAAUGACAAAUGAUCAGCAGUUUAGUAGUUAACCGUUUCCAAAUCUUAAACUUUUAUUAAUAUGGCGCCAAAAUAAUUACGUUAUUCUUUCAAAGAAAAUGUCUCAACGUUUUCCAGUCUAUAAACCGCUUGGAGGAUCAUC